AUGUCAGACUCGCUGUACGCAGCGUGUGCAGAGGUCCUCACAACAUGUCAGGGCCUCAAAGACGACCUCGCAGCUCUGCUGGACCCCUCAACUGGCUUUGCUCCAAGACUGCAGCAUCUGUGUCGCGACAAAAUCGACGAGCUCGAGCGUACAGCGUCGGCUGAUGUUUCACAAGCAGAGUUGGACGCUCUGCGCAUGGAAGCCAAUACAUGGGGACUCUUGCAGGCCUUGAUGCCGAGCCCGCAUCACACGUCCACCCCCAAACCCUCCUCGCACAGAACCCAUUCACGCCCACGUCCACCCUCGCACAGGCAAUCAUGCACGCUUCACCCCUCUUGUCCUGAGCUCGUCGUCGUCCGAGAGUGGCUACAUGAAACAGCAUCCACAGUCCAGCAUCCCGAAGUUACGACUGGAUACUGGAAGUUUACAAAGUAUAAUCGUGCGGGUACGAGAGAGGGUCUGGUGAGAGAGAUGGACCCGGAUGCAGUUAAUCGAGGAGAUGGGAAGACGCUCGCUGCUGAUGAUGCGGCAUUCGAAAAAUCACUCGCGCAAGCUAUCUAUUCGUUCAUUCGAGCUGGACGGCUAGACGACGCGGUUGAGCUGUGUCGCAGAGCACAUCAGCCAUGGAGAGCUGCUAGUAUCCGGGGAUCGUUGUUAUUCCAAUGGCGAGCAAUAGCGAAUGAACAGUGUGACGAUGGGUUAGAUGACGAGGACGACGCGGAGGGAUGGCAGGGAAAUCAACGCCGACGUCUCUGGAAAUCGACCUGCAUACGUGCUGCUUUGAAUCCUAACCUUUCUGAUCCGGAGCGAGUCGUUUAUGCAGCACUCACCCCUACGCCGCAGACGUUCACCGUCCUCAGGUCGGCAUGUCGCACCUGGGAAGAUCAUCUUUGGGUCCAAAUCAGCAUUCUCUGCGAAGAGAAGCAAAGCUCAGAAAUGUUAAAACUCAAAGGGUGCUUUUGGGAGGGUGCUUUAGCAGCACUUGAGGAGAUCCCAGCGCCUUUGAAUGGCGCAGACGAAGAGGAGGAAGAAGAGUGGCAGAAGGAAGUUACUUCUGCGUUGGAAACGCUGGGCGGAGUGGUGGUCGAGGACGGACCUCCAGCGGACAACGCCUUUCAUGUAUCUCAACUUGCCAUCAUCCUUAACCGCAUACAGCCGUUACUCGACACCUUUGCAGCUGGUUUGAGAGAUGGUAUAUACGACCCAGACUCAUCCGAGUACCCAACUAUGACCCGUUUCUUUGCCCACUUAUGUCUCUUCCUGCAAAUGAUCGAGAUUUAUACACCACCGCUGGCGACUCAAGUCGUCCUGGAGGCAUAUCUCCAGGUGUUAGAGGCUGCUGGCCAAAGAGAACUCAUAGCUAUGUAUGCCGGUGCUCUGGGUGACAACGCUGUAGAGCGAUACGCCAUGUUCCUCACGUCUCUCGAUCUCUCGGCGGACAUCAAGGAACGACGGCUGGCUCUGACACGCGCCCGCGAACACGGGCUAGACGUCAACACCGUCGCCACUGUCACGGCUGAACGGACGAUUGAAAAAGCGUUUGAGCAUCUUCCACCACUCAGGGGACCCUUGCCGUCUAUUAUCGCGCUGCAACCUGAACCUUCGAACGUGGAAAUGUUACUUCUGCGUUCGAUAGAAUGGACAUCGUUUAUGGAAGCUACAUACGAUACAGCCCUCGAGCAGGCAACGGUCAUCUUACGGUAUUUCCUCGGCACCGGGCGCGUCAACCUCGCCCGAAAGCUUCUCGACAUGCUCCCUCCCGAAAUCGCGGCGAUCAGUGAACCCGAAGAUCGUGCGACGGAGUACCUUCAUUAUCGACAAUUCUUCAAUAUUUGGGAACUUCUCGAUCGGGUAACGGAGUGCCGCUCGCUGGAGGUGUCGCUGAUGAACAAGGAUACGAGAGCGGAGUGGUUGAGAGAUUAUAAGGAACUCAUCGAACAAUGUUAUGAAGCGAUCGUGAAAUUGUUGACGGAAGAUUGGAUGCUUCCUGAGCAAGCAGCGGAUGGAGGAGUGGAUCGAAGAUAUCUGGAGAUGUUGAGGGUGAGACAGAUAUAUGUGCCGGAGCUGAUCCUUCGGUUACAUGUCAUGUUGUACUCGUCGAGAGAACACAUCCCAGGGAACCUCUGCGUCGCCCUGGAACUCGCCAACGUCGUCGCCGAUUCAAGGUACAAGCUCUACGACGAUUUCCUGCAGCCGGAUGGGCGGAGGUUAGGAGAGUAUCUGGGUGUUGUGAGGCAGGCUGUGAUCGCUGGAAUGGAGAGUGGAGGAUCCGAUUCGUUUAGGGUACUUCAAGUUGGGGCGUGA